GUAUUGAUAUUUCUUGUUUUUGGAUAAUAUUAUUGAACUGUAAUUAAUACAAGAAAUGUACAGAACGAAUAGUCAAACUGAGCGAAGAAAAAAAAAAGUGGGAAUGCAAUUUAUAUUGUUGUUUAGUUAUCCGUAAAAAUAAGUGUACAUGAAUUGAACGAAAUUUCUUGUGAGUGUAAUACCUACAUAUUAUAACUACUUAAUUUUUUUUUUUUUAAUAUUUAUGAAUUCCAAAAACAUACCGUGAAGGUGACUUGCUAACGAGCUCUCGGAUAGAUCGUCCAAGCUCGGCACAGCUGUGUGUGGUGGAGUAUGGCUCGAGUGGACCUGGACGUGGUAGUUGUGGCAGUUGUGGUAGCUGUGGUAGUUGUGGUAGUUGUGGCAGUUGACGAAACCGGCGAUGUGUUAGAAAUUCGGGGAAAUUAGUUGUUAUAUUGUAAUUUUAAAGUUGCGAUCGCAAUGAGAGAGUGAAAGAGAGCGGGUCUGUCACGGCCAACGAAUGAACUCGAAAGUUCUGCUGUAAAGGCAAAGUCGUGAUCGCAAAGAUAAAUCAGAAGAGAGCAGGUAUGCCGCGGUCAACGAAUGAACUCGAAAGUUCUGCUGUAAAGGCAAAGUCGCGAUCGCAAAGAUAAAUCAGAAGAGAGCAGGUCUGCCGCGGUCAACGAAUGAACUCGAAAGUUCUGUUGUGAAGUCAAAGUCGCGAUCGCAGGGAGAAAGCAGAAGAGAGUAAGUCUACCGCGGCUGACUAGUGGAUUCGAAUUGAAAGUCCGGAGAACGAGCUGUGCGGUUUUUAACGGCUGCGGUACACCGUCUCCACUUGCCGCUAGCGCCGUGGGGGCUCACGACCAAUGAAAAUGUUCCGAAAUGUGCGGAAAGGCACCCCUGGGAGGGCUUUUGACUGUCCUCGAGUACGGCGAGAGCGCUUGGCGGGAAGUGGUCCGAUUGGCCCGGUGCAAGUGGUACGUGUUCAACACACACCAGAUAUAUCCGGACGGGUUGAUGCCGGAACUGGCGGCCGCCGCCGCGCAGCUGCUCACCGAUCCGACGGACGGUCGCGGGGCGAAUGUCGAGCCGACCGCCGAAGGAUUUAUGCGGUACUUCGGCCGGUGCUUCGUACGGUUUUUCAGCAACCUGGGCUACGACGCGCCGAUCCGGGCGACGGGCAGAUAUUUCUGCGAGUUCCUCAAGAACGUCGACAACCUGCACCUGCAAAUGCGGUUCGCGUAUCCGAAGAUGAAGAGUCCAUCAAUGUACAUGUCGCACGUGGAUCGCAACGGGUGCGUGCUCGUCUACCGGAGCACUAGGCGCGGCUUCACACAGUACUUCAUGGGGCAACUGGACCAGAUCGCCGAGGAGGUUUAUGACACGAACCUCAGAAUUCGCGUGCUACAGUAUGAAAGUACAUCCACGAGCACGGUAUCUUCACACCUUUCGGCGGCAGCGACUGCGGCGGCAACGGCGGCUGGUUUGCAGAACGUGCUCGUCAAGUACCGGUUGGACUUCGACAACAGCGCGUUCAUCGACCAGCACGCGGCCGUGCAUACUUUCGACCGAAGUCUACAGCUUCCGUCUAUACCUAUAGGGCUGCUGCUCCGGCUUUUCCCAUUCGGCGUCGUCAUCGACCAGGACAUACGCAUCAUGGACGCCGGCGAGAAACUGCUCAGCGUGUGGGGUGCGCGCACGGCCGAAGACGUUCGCGGUCACCAGUUGGUCCAACACUUGGUGCUCAGGCGACCUAGGGACAUACCGUUUACGUGGACCAACUUGAUGUAUUUGGCAUCCGUGACCUUUGAACUUGAAGUGCUACGUGGAACACAUGCUACGAUGCCCGAAAAAGAACUUAUUUCAACAAAAGGAGAAAAAAAAUCAGUGAGUCCGUUACCAGCCACCUUGGAUAGACGGGGUAGUUAUGGAUCACGGAGUAUACUUCUCAAAGGGCAGAUGAGACACUUCAAGGAGAUUGACGUGGUCGUGUUCUUAUGUAGUCCCGUAGUGAACAACUUAGAUGAAUUACAGGCUAUGAGUCUAUUUAUGAAUGACCUGAACUUGCACGGAUUGAGCAGAGAGCUGGUACUGGCCGGCUGGCAGCAUUGUUCCAGGCUGGAAUUGAUGUUUGAAAGAGCGGAACAGUGGUCGCAAGAUCUAGAAGACAACUACGAACAGUUAGACAAAUGGAAACGCAAGGGUGAUUCGUUGUUGUAUUCUAUGUUACCCAGAAGCGUCGCCGAUCAGCUACAAAAUGAACAGAGCACGAUGAACACGUGCAAGGCUUUUAACUUGAUAUCUGUAAUGUUUUGUGAAGUCGAAGGGCUAAGACCACAAGCAACAAUAAAAGGAGUUAUGGAUGUCGUUGAAUGUAUGAAUACCGUUUUCAGCUGCUUCGAUUCACUCACCGAUCGAUUUAACGUUUAUAAGGUGGAAACCGUUAACCAAGUGUACAUGGCCGUUAGCGGAGCUCCCGAGUAUACGAGAGAGCACGCGCGCAACGUCACCGACUUGAGCUUAGAGUUUGCGGAAAAUAUUAGAGACUUGCAAUUCCCGUGCAAUAUUAAGAUCCAGAUCAAAAUAGGUAUUCAUUCGGGUCCUGUCGUCGCCGGAGUGGUUGGCAUGAAAGUUCCACGGUACUGUUUGUUUGGUGACACGGUUAAUACGGCGUCAAGGAUGCAAACCACCAGUCAGCCAGGAAAAAUUCAUAUCUCCAUCACGACCAAGCGGCUUUUACCACAAAAUAUGUAUAAGUUGACGUCAAGGGGACUCGUGACCGUUAAGGGAAAAGGUAAAAUGGAAACGUUUUGGGUCGAAAGAAAACCUAGAAGUCCACAAACGGAAAAACGUCACAGUGUUUGAUCGUUCCGACUAUUUUUAUUAUUUUAAUUUUAUAAUAAUUUUAUUAAUAAAUAUCGUAUC